UAGUCACUCUAUUGUUUCUUCCCCUGCUUUUGAAAAAAAAAAACUCACAAAGUAAGAAGAAAAGAACUUGCAAGCUAGUAAAAAAAUGGCGAGAUCACGGAUCUGUAGCGCAUUAGCAAUUUUAGCUCUGUUUUUGUUCUCUUCAGUUUUGGCAGAUGACGUCGUCGUUUUGACCGAAGAAAACUUCGAGAAGGAGAUCGGUCAAGAUCGCGCUGCUCUCGUUGAGUUCUACGCUCCUUGGUGUGGACACUGUAAAAAGCUUGCUCCCGAGUAUGAAAAGCUCGGUGCAAGUUUCAAGAAGGCGAAAUCUGUUGUGAUCGCAAAGGUUGAUUGUGAUGAACAUAAGAGUGUUUGCAGCAAAUAUGGGGUUCAAGGGUACCCCACUAUCCAAUGGUUUCCAAAGGGAUCACUGGAGCCAAAAAAAUACGAAGGUGCUCGAUCUGCUGAAGCCCUUGCCGAGUUUGUGAACAGUGAAGGAGGGACUAAUGUGAAGAUUGCCUCAAUCCCAUCAAGCGUUGUGGUGCUAUCUUCAGAUAACUUUGAUGAAAUUGUGCUGGAUGAGACCAAGGAUGUAUUGGUUGAAUUUUAUGCACCAUGGUGUGGUCAUUGCAAAAGCCUUGCUCCUAUUUAUGAAAAGGUAGCUGCAGCUUUCAGACAAGAGGAAGAUGUUGUUAUUGCAAAUCUUGACGCCGAUAAUCACAAGGAUCUUGCAGAGAAGUAUGGUGUAAGUGGCUAUCCUACGCUGAAAUUCUUCCCAAAGGGGAACAAAGCUGGUGAAGAUUAUGAAGGUGGCCGAGACUUAGAUGACUUUGUCAACUUUAUCAAUGAGAAGUGUGGCACCAGCCGUGAUUCAAAAGGACAAUUUACUUCAAAGGCGGGUAUUGUUGAAUCCCUGGAUACAUUGGUAAAGGAGUUUGUGAGUGCCACAAACGAGGAGAAAAAAACUGUAUUUAGCAAGAUAGAAGAGGAAGCUGGAAAGCUGAAGGGUUCUGCUGCAAGAUAUGGCAAGAUUUACCUAAAGGCUGCCAAGAGUUCAAUGGAAAAAGGAGCUGAUUAUGCCAACAAUGAGAUUCAGCGGUUAGAGCGCAUGCUUGCCAAGUCAAUCAGCCCAGCUAAGGCUGAUGAGUUCACCCUCAAGAAGAACAUCUUGGCGACAUUUGCAUGAAGUCCUUGCUAGUGUUGCAGCUUGUGAUACCUCCUGGCUAGGUAUCACCCGAGUUUUGCCCAAGGUCGAGAAUUGCAUUAUCUGGUUAAUCUUCUGUUGAACUCUCUUGUACUGGGAAGUAUUGGACACCACAGAUCUAUUUAGGCAUUUUGUUUAGAGCAGCAGCUAUAUCAACUUUUAGACAUUUUGUCAGUUAUGAUUAUCAGCUUGUUUUGACAAAUAAUUAGUAAAGCAUUAUCAUCACGACACGUUUAUCUUCUAA